CGUAGUUCCAUUCCUUCCUCUUCGAACAUCUUCGCUCCAUUCAUACUCUAAAAAAAUUCAAUUUACAGUCCCUUUCACGCCACCAACCCCCGGCCACCCACCAGCCGCCGACCACCCCCUUCAUCCCCAGGUCUUCUGACAACAUCUUCAGUUGCAGACAUAAAAACAGAUGAAAUCAUAUUGCAGACAGUUUUUGUCUUAAAAAACAAACAGUACCUUAGUCUUAGACAAACAAAAUAACAUUAUUGUUGAAAAAUAAACCCACCCCCUGGCUGGCUGGCUGGCCGGCCGGUGUGUCAAUUAGAAAGAAAGAAAGAAAAGAAGGAAAAUGAAAAUGGAGAAACAAAGAGGAGGAGGAGACUGUAGGGAGUGGGAUGAAGACGCCUACAGAGACACCAUUUUAGAAGAAAGGGAAUCUCAUUCUCUCACUAUCUUUCGUGCUGUUUUCUCCCCCUCUUCUUCACCAUCAUCCAACCAAAACGCUGAUUUCAUUGUCUCUGCAUCUAGCGACGGUUCCAUUGCAACUUACUCUUUAUCAUCUCUAAUCUCAUCUCUUCCAUUGAACUUCGGAAAUACUGGAGCUCAAAAUUUAUAUGUAGGUGAACCAAAAUGCUUACUUAAAGGACAUGAUGGGCCUGUUUAUGAUGUUAAGUUUUAUGGUGAUGGUGAAGAUUCCUUCUUGUUGAGUUGUGGCGAUGAUGGUCGAAUUCGAGGAUGGAAGUGGAUGGAUGUUUUGGAAGCAGACCAAGGUGGCCUUUUGAAGCCACAACUUGACUUGGCAAAUCCUCAACACAAAGGACCGUGGGGUGCUCUUUCCCCUAUCCCUGAAAAUAAUGCUAUCGCUGUUGAUACUCAGGGGGGUUCCAUUUAUGCAGCCGCUGGUAAUUCAUGUGCAUAUUGUUGGGAUGUGGAGAAAUCUAAAAUCAAAAUGACCUUUAAAGGGCAUGCUAGUUAUCUACAUUCUGUUGUUGCUAGAAAUUCAUAUAACCAGAUUAUAACUGGUUCAGAGGAUGGAACAGCCAGAAUUUGGGAUUGCAGAAGUGGAAAGUGUACUACUGUGAUUCAGCCAGGGAAAGAUUCAAAAUCUAAAGACUUGUUUUCGUAUGUCAGUUGCAUUGCUCUUGAUGCUAGUGAAAAGUGGCUGGCUUGUGGCAGUGGGAGAAAUCUAUCUGUCUGGAAUCUUUCUGCUUCUGAAAAGAUAUCAGAGAUAUCAACUCGUGCUUGCAUCCAAGAUAUAUGCUUUGACGAUAAUCAGAUAUUAGCUGUCGGAGCAGAGCCAGUACUGAGUCGAUAUGACAUGAAUGGUGUUAUGCUUUCUCAGAUACAAUGUGUACCUCAAUCCACAUUUUCCGUUUCCUUGCAUCCAUCUGGUGUUAUGUGUGUUGCUGGUUACGGUGGUGUGAUAGAUGUUCUCUCUCAAUUUGGAAGCCACUUGUGCUCGUUUCGCUGUCAAGCUUAUAGAUGAAGUUCUUGUUUUUAAUACAAAGUUCAUGAGCAGUUGCUGGGCUGGUAUGAGAAGCUAAAAUAGUGCUUGCACUUAUUGAUUGAACUAUCUAUUUUGUAAUGGCAAAUCUGACCUAAGUCUCACUCUAAUUGGUUACCAGUUAUGGCUUCUUGUUUGUUAUAAUUAGUUAGUGUACCCGUAUGUUAAGGCAUUGAGGAUAUGUAAGAGAAAUUUUAAUAUACUUGUACCACAUAGAGAUGUUGGGAGUUCUGUCCAUGUAUAUGGCCAAUGGUCACGAAGUGUUGUUUUUCCUGAUAUAAAUCCUAAAUUGUCAAAUUUAGAGUGCA